GAAACAAAGGAGUGAUGUCCCGUCUCUGUCCCUCCCAUCCCAGGCUCUGUAUUCACGAGUCUUUGUGUAUAUAAACCUGGAGGCCGUCUCAUAUAUCCGAUCUCUUCUCCUUCUCUUCCCCUCCACUUUUUCAUUCUUCUUCCAUAAAAAUGGUGAAGUUCUCCAAGGAGCUCGAAGCUCAACUCAUCCCAGAAUGGAAAGACGCCUUCGUCAAUUACUGGCAACUCAAGAAGAACAUCAAGAAGAUUAAGCUUUCCAGAAUACCCAAACAGACCCAAGACAUUGACACCAAUUUCGGUCUCUCCAUUCUCGAUCCUAUUCGCUCCCUCGUCAAGAAAAUCCGCCAUAAGUUUCCCAAUCCCCAUGACAAAGCGGACACAAUUCAGGUGAGGAGCAACAAAGCCAUAGAAGGAGGAGAGAAAGAUGAAGACGAAGAAGAACAACAACAUCAUCAUGGAAAGGAAGAAGAAGAAGAAGAAGACCAAGUCUCUGAAUCUGAUGAGCUGGUUCAGUUGUUCUCCGAAGAAGAUGAGGUGAGGAUGUUCUUUGAGAGGUUAGACGAAGAGCUUGACAAGGUGAACCAGUUCUACAGAACCAAAGAGACCGAGUUUCUUGAAAGAGGAGAGAACCUCAAUAAGCAGCUGCAGAAUCUGCUUGACCUCAAGCAGAUUCUCACCGACCGCCAGCGCAAGAAUUUUCAGUCCCGCUCCAACUCCGGCCAUCUUCUUCGUUCCUGGUCAUCUUCUGCCCGGAACUCCGACUUGUCCGAAAGUCCAACUGAAUUCGAGGAAACUCCCGGACAAACCCCAGAGACAGAUAGCGUUAUUGCAGCAUUAGAACGAAAUGGGGUGAAUUUCAUUGGGUCUGAAGUACGAUCCAAAACAAAAAAUGGAAAACCAAAGAUGUCCAUGAGAAUUGACAUUCCAACCACAACACCUACUCGUUCCAUUUCAGCCGUUACAUCUAUGCUUUGGGAGGAUCUAGUAAACAACCCCAAAAAGGAAGGCGCCGGAGAUUUCAUUAAUCGGAAGAAAAUUCAGUGUGCUGAGAAAAUGAUCAGAGGGGCAUUUGUGGAGCUCUACAGAGGCCUCGGUUUAUUGAAAACUUACAGCUCCCUGAAUAUGGUGGCUUUUAUCAAGAUACUCAAGAAAUUCGAUAAGGUGUCGAAUCAACAGGCAUCAGGAAAUUAUCUGAAAUCAGUGAAGAGAUCUCAUUUCAUUAGCUCCGAUAAGGUGGUUAGACUAAUGGACGAAGUGGAGUCCAUAUUCACUAGGCACUUCGCCAACAAUGACAGGAAGAAGGCAAUGAAGUUCUUGAGACCCCAACAUCACAGGGACUCACACAUGGUCACCUUCUUUGUUGGGUUGUUUACAGGUUGUUUUGUAAGUUUGUUCAGUGUGUACGCAAUCUUAGCCCACCUAAGCGGUUUGUUCUCCCCUGGAACAGAGGCGGGUUAUAUGGAAACUGUUUACCCUGUUUUCAGCGCAUUUGCAUUGCUAAGCUUGCAUUUGUUUAUGUAUGGAUGCAACUUGUUCAUGUGGAAGAGUACAAGGAUCAACUACAAUUUCAUAUUUGAAUUCACACCCAGCACAGCCCUCAAGUACAGAGAUGCAUUCCUCAUAUGCACCUCCUUCAUGACAGCAGUGGUUGGGGCCAUGGUCGUUCACCUCCUCCUGCGUUCCAGUGGCUUUUCUCCAACCCAAGUUGACGCCAUUCCUGGAUUUCUUCUUUUGUUUGUCAUCGGGCUGCUGAUAUGCCCAUUUAACAUCUUUUAUCGUCCUACUCGCUAUUGCUUUCUUCGGAUCAUUCGCAACAUAGUCUGCUCUCCAUUCUAUAAGGUUUUGAUGGUGGACUUUUUCAUGGCUGACCAACUUACUAGCCAGAUUCCUCUGCUGAGGCACAUGGAAUCCACAGCCUGCUACUUCCUGGCUCGAAGUUUCAGAACGCAUCGCUAUGAGACCUGCAAAUCUGGAAGGUUAUACAGGGAGCUUGCUUAUGUCAUCUCCUUUGCACCAUACUAUUGGCGUGCCAUGCAGUGUGCAAGACGAUGGUUCGAUGAGUGUGACCCCAAACAUUUGGCUAACAUGGGCAAGUAUGUUUCGGCCAUGGUAGCAGCUGGUGCCAGGAUAACGUAUGCUAACCAGAAAACCGAACUAUGGUUGGUUGUGGUCCUGGUCACCUCUGUGUUGGCCACAGUUUAUCAGUUGUAUUGGGAUUUUGUUCAGGACUGGAACCUUCUAAACCCCAAAUCCAAGAACCCAUGGCUCAGAGAUGAUCUGAUUCUCAAAAACAAAAGCAUCUACUAUGUCUCCAUUGUCUUGAAUCUGGUCCUGAGAGUUGCUUGGGUGGAGACAGUCACACGAUUCAAUGUUGGAAUGUUGGAGUCCCGGAUGCUAGACUUUUUCUUGGCUUCUCUUGAGGUUAUCAGACGUGGGCACUGGAAUUUCUACAGGUUGGAGAAUGAACAUUUGAACAAUGUUGGCAAGUUCAGGGCAGUGAACGCUGUUCCUCUACCAUUCCGUGAGACCGAUUCAGAUGGUUGAGGGCAUUGCUUAGACCAUUGUACAGACGUCCCCUUACACCAAGGGGUACGCAAUUUCCCACUAGCAUGGACUCAAGGGAUCCACAUUGACAAUGUGUAGAGUCUCAACAAUCAAUCCUCAUUCAUGACAAUCCAACCGAAGAAGUGAACCGCAAGGCUCCAAAUUUAUUGAACAACAAAGGGGGCGCUGAAUAAUAUUUGAUGCCCAUUGCAAAUUUGGAUUCCAUGAUAUCAAUGUACCACCAAUUUUUAGAAUUUUCUUCCUUUUUCCACAUCUUCUUCUAGGGUUUUGUUGUGUUGAGGAAAAGGGUUGAUAUUAAUGAAUUUUCAACUAGCUUGGCAGUUGGAAAAUUGCUUUAGUAGGUUGGAGUAUUUAGAUCCAGUGACAAGGACUGGUCAAUAAUAUGUUGUGGUUAAUUUUGAUUGUA